AUGGAUGAUUUGUGGAAUGAAGCAUGGGAUUCUUUGAUUCAAGAGGUGCAGAGGGAGGCCGACGAGGAGGAUGAGGCGGUGGCGGCGACGGCGAUCCCUCGUGAGAUUUGUCAUCGUCGGACAAUCCCACGAGACCAUGUCGGAGCGGCUGAGCGGCUUAUGGCCGACUACUUUAGCGCUGACCCUCGUUACCCGGCUGAGAUUUUUCGUCGGCGUUUCAGAAUGUCGCGACCGCUCUUUACCCAUAUAGCGACGACAUUGGCGAGCCGGAUCGGACUGUCUACUUUGCAGAAAUGCACCUCUGCAAUAAGGCAGCUUGCCUAUGCCGGACCGGCUGAUAUGUUCGACGAAUACCUACCGAUGGGUGAGACGACUAGUCUAAAUGUGCUCCGGCAGUUUUGUAAGGGCAUUCGGGAAGUCUUUGGUCCGGAGUUCCUACGAAAGCCAACCCCUGAUGAGUGCCAGAGACUGCUAGAUAUGCACGGUGCGGUGCACAGUUUCCCCGGGAUGAUGGGCAGCAUUGAUUGCAUGCAUUGGGAGUGGAAAAACUGCCCGGUGGCGUGGAAAGGUUCGAACAACGACAUCAACGUUCUGCAGUCGUCGCCUAUCUUCAAUGAUGAGUGCCGGGGAGAGGGUCCAGAGAUUAGUUUUGUAGCAAAUGGCACGUAG